CCAUCCCAAUCACCAGUGAUGGAUGCCUCCGUCGUAUUCUCCGGCGAGACCGCCGAGAAGCGCUCCGGCCCGGCGGAUCACAUGAGCGUCUCCGUCGGCGAGGCCGCCCACACGCUUUCUGGCAAGAAGCGCUCCCGCCCGGCGGAUGACUCCGUCGGCGAGGCCGAGAAGCGCUCCGGCCCCGCGGACGACUCCGUCGGCGAGGCCGCCCACACGCUUUCUGGCAAGAAGCGCUCCCGCCUGGCGGACGACUCCGUCGGCGAGGCCGACCGCAUGCUUUCCAGCCCGCCGGAGCAUCCGCGCGUGACGCGGCUUCGUCACCGGCGCCUCAUCGCGUUCCUCUGGGACCAAGGCUUCCGCGACUCCUACAACGAGUUGACGAACAAGACGCGCGCGCACAUGAGCUUGUGGCACCUGGGCGGCCUCGUCCAGCGGGGCCAGUGGUUGGAUGCCGUGGAAUACCUAGACAGGUACCUGCCGCCGCCCACCAGUCCCAUGAGCUUCCGCGCCCAGGUCCUCCGUCAAUUCCUCCUGAUGCACUACCGCUUCGCCAACGCCGUCGACGGCAUCGUCGAUAAGUCCGUGCCCAGGAACUACCUCCAACUUGACAACGGCAGAGACAUCAGCCACGCCGAUCUGAGGCUCCGCUCCAUCUCCUUGUCCAUAAUACUCGCCGUCGACGAAGUCAGGGCCAACAUGGACUGGGAGACAGUGCGGCGCAAGGCAUCGCUCGCUGUCUCCAGGUUGGCUGGUUCUACUCCAGAGCUGCGAGGCUGCAUCGCGCUGCCGGCCACCAGCAACAAGCUGCACCAUGUACUCCCAAUUGCUUCCGGUUUAUGGAGCCGGAGGCGCUACGUGAAGAAGAAACAAAAAGGACGACCAGAAGCUAUCGCCAGGGCCUUGAAGAGAUUCCUUGCUUUUUGCAGCCAGCAACUUAUGGUUCCAAGCAUUGGGUCGCUUGAGGAAGCAAAGGAAUUGCUGGCGGAUCUCCUUGAUGAAACUGUAAGACCUGGCGUACAAUUGAACACCUAUGGUUUCAGCUGUUCACUUAAGCUGGGUAGGAAUGAAGGUGCUCAAUUCGGCCAACCCAUGUUUGGUACUUCCACAGAAGUUAAAACCUCCGGGACAUUGGCAAAUGCAGGCACAAAUCAGCACGUGGUUGAAGAAUGUUGGGAUUUGGCUGGGAGAAGAAGGAAUUCAAAGCGGGAUCCGGCAGCUGUUGAGCAAUUGCUGCAUCAAUUCAAACUGCACCAGUUAGCUGGGACAUCUCUUGCAAGACCGGUUGUGUCGGGGCCUGGUGCUGUGGUGAACUUGGGCGCCAAGCCGAGUGGUGUGUCUUCAGGAUGAAGAGAUAGCCGGUCCGUCUGCUGUAGCGUUGGCUGUCUCCUUUCUGCUGCUGUUGAUCUUGAUCAUGUUACCUGCUGCUGUUUGAGCUUGAGGCUUGCAAGUCUGCUGGAACUUAUCAUAAUGUUUCUUUUAUCAUGCAACUCUGUUACCAAAGUACUCCCUACUACUAGUACCCUCUAUGCCGGUCACUAUAAAUUGGUCAUACUUAUGCUAUGUACUCGUGUUAUUAAGUGAAUGUGUUUGUUUGUUAGUA